AUCAUAAGACUCUGGGUGAAUAAUUUUAUAAUUUCCUUAUUUAGGAAAGGCAGAGGAUUUGUAUUCAAGCUAUUGAUUCCAACAUCAGUGGAAAUAACUCAUUUAUUUUUAAGAUGGAAUUUAGAUCAGGUGGAGGCAUUGGGGCCACCGCACCACACUAUAUCAGUCGAUGCCCACAGGAAUUCCAUCAAUAGAUUUCUAGCAGCCAAACAUGGGGUGGUGUUAUUGCCACAGCUUCACAGGUUAACACCACAGCUUUUUUAAUUAAUUGACCAUUAACCCACGCAGAGAACGUGGUGACUGCAGCAAGUUGGAUUCAAAUGAGGGGUAUAAUAGUCAAAUAAUUAAAAAAAGCUGUGGUAUUAACCGUAGUGGCUGUGGCAAUAACACCACCCCCAAACAUGGGUCAUAUAUCCCAGAAAAGAAUGUUGAACCUACUCACAGCCAAGGAGAAGGCAGUGUGUGUAUGCAAGUUUCUCUUUUAAGUUCCAGGAGUUGUAUAUAUAAUCUAGAAUCACUGAAAAUAUACAGCUUUUAUCAGUUAUUGCAAGGGUUGGCAGCAAGUUUCUAAGGAGUUUCUGCAUCACUUGAACCAGAAUGGCCAUCCAAAUUCAAUCCCUCGUUGAUCUCAGUUAUUCUCCAUCUGUUAGAAGGAAAUGCACAUAAUUCAGAAUUUUUUGAUGUUACAUUUUAGCUUGAAUUAAAAGAAUGAUCGAAUAGAAACCGGAGGUGGUCAAACAAUCAGAACCUUUCCAGAACAAACUUUCCUUCCUUGUACUUUUCAUUUUUGUCAUGCGCAACAACCUAACAUCAUCAUCAUCACUUAAAACACGGACCAAAUAUGGUAAGAUAGUAUAGAGAUCAAGAAGUAAUAUGGCUUAAGCAGAUUGAUGUCAUCAUUCAAUUCCUUGACCGAGGAAAUGAACAUUCUUAGUUUUUGUAUUUAUUUUUUACAAAGAAAGAAAGAUGAGAGGAGCUUACAUAUUUCCAUCCAAUAAUUUGUCCGCAGCUGCAGCAAAAUAUAUCUUCAACAGUAUGCAAACCAGACAUCAUCAUCCUCUCUUCUUGUCGUCCAACUGUUACAUUCACCCUGGAUUACAACACAUCAGGCCUUAAAAUAAGUCAAUCGAACCUGAUCUUAAAACAAACCAGGCUGAAGAUCAAUGCAAAAGAAGAAUAUGUGAAUUUCCUCUUCCAUUUUAGUCAAGUUCCAUAGUUUGGAAUUCUAAGGCCAAUCUUUAAACCAAAGCAAAACAGAACAUCAUACUACCACCAUUAAGAAGUUUGAGAAUGCUUGCUUUGAAUAAUUACUGAAUGAAGUU